GUUGGCCAGGCGGCUUGCGGGGCCCCCAGCCCGCAGCCGCCGCGGACCAACCCAAACGAGCAGAGGGGCAAAGAGGCCAUCACAUCAGUGCGGGAGGCCCACAGCGAAUGUGAUUGGACCAAGCGCCACUACCAAGCUCUUAUCGCCAAGAGCGGGGAGUGCGAUGUCACCAAGGGGGGCGAGUUCGAGGCCGACAUGAAACAGUGCAUCCUCGAUGAAGCCCUGUUGGACUCCAAGCUUGUCGCCAUCAAAACGGAAUGUAUCAACCAGAAAGUCCUGACGGACGAUGAUGCGCUCGUGGCCGCCAGCGCUUGCGAGGAAAUCCUGGCACUGAUGAAGGCGGCGGCGAAGAAGGGCCAGGCGCUGAAAUCGUGCUUCGUCGGCGACGGAAAGCAGAGGCUGCGCCAA